AAAAUGAGUUUCCUGAAACCCAAAGAUGUUAUAGACGAAGGAGAUACUGUCAUCCUUUACAUUAGUGUCAAUUCGAUGCACGUCAUCGAAGCGACACCAACCAUAGUAAAUAAAAAAGGCGAAACAAUUGAACAUAUAUUUCAAACUUCAUUUGGAGCAUUGAAGGUGCGAAAUAUAAUCGGUGUGAAAUAUGGUAGUCGUGUGGAGUUAUCCAAAGGAUAUGCCUAUGUUUUGCAACCCAAUCCGGAAUUAUGGACACAGACAUUGCCCCACCGAACGCAAAUUAUCUAUACGCCCGAUAUUAGUAUGAUAUUGCAUCAACUUGAAAUACGACCGGGAUCGAUUGUUAUUGAAUCGGGUACAGGGUCUGGAUCAUUGUCACAUUACUUUUUGAGGGCUGUUAAGCCACAUGGUCAUCUGCAUACAUUUGAUUUUCACGAAGCCAGAGCUAAUCAGGCACGAGAGGAAUUUCAGCACCAUGGUCUGGGCGAUUUUGUGACCGUUUAUCACAGAGAUGUCUGUGAGAAUGGUUUUGGCGAAGAGCUGAAUGGUAAAGCGGAUGCAGUAUUUUUGGAUUUGCCAGCACCGCAGCUAGCAGUGCCACAUGCCUAUAAAGCACUAAAGGAAAGCGGUGGACGCUUCUGCUCAUUUUCUCCCUGUAUUGAACAGUCACAACGUUGUUGUGUGGCAUUGCAGGAUCUUGGUUUUACAGAAAUUCAAUCAUUUGAAAUUCUACAGCAAGAGGAUAUUGUAAAGACGAAAACCUUUCCUGUAAUUAAUUUGGAUUUUGUUAAAACAAAGAAAACAAAUCCAACUGAAGAAGACACAAAUCAAAAGGAUGUGACUGCAGCGGCAAAACAACCAAAAGAGACAAUAAAAGUCUUAACAUCAUCAGCCCCACCCACACAACCAGGUCAUACAGGAUUUUUAACAUUUGCCACUUUACAACCUGCAUUUGCAAGAUAA